AUGGCAGCUACAACAGGCGAUUCUAACAAACUCCAAGUGUUAGUACCAGGUGAUAUUGGUUUUAUUGGUAGUCAUUGUAUUAUUGAACUUAUCAAUGCUGGAUAUGAACCUAUUGUAGUUGAUAAUCUAUCGAAUUUUUCAAUAGUGUGUUUACAACGAGUUGAACAAAUUGUUGGAUGUAGAAUAAUAAAUUAUAAAAUUGAUUGUCUUGAUCUUGAAGGUUUACGUGAUAUAUUUAAAAAACAUUCGACUUAUGCCAUUAUGAAUUUUGCUGCAUGGAAAUCUGUUGAUGAAUCUGUUGAAAAGCCUGUUUUAUAUUAUAAAAAUAAUGUUGGUUAUUUACUCAACUUACUAACAGUAUUAUUUGUCUUUUUUUUUAAACCUAUUAAUCAUGAUUUUCUUACUAUUGUUUAUGGUUCGCCAAAGUAUUUAUCAUUUGAUGAAAAACAUCCAUAUAUUGGAGAUUCUAUUACAAAUCCAUAUGGGAAAAGUAAAUAUAUUUGUGAACAUAUUCUCAAAGAUACAACCAUUGCUUAUCCUAAUUGA